AUUCUAGCGGUAGUUUAACAAGGAUUGAAGAAAUACUCAUGAAAACUUGACUAAUCAUCUCUGUAUCUUUUGAAAUCAGUCAUUAUGAGAGGAUAAAUCCUUUCAGAACACGGGGAAAGGUAGUUACAUCUCGCAUACCCGCAUACAAGACCGGCCGGCAACCUCAUAUGUAAACAAACAGACACGUCAACACGACUUUGCCAGAUGAAGAUGCCCUUUUUCACCCUUCCAAUUCCCAAUAAACCCCACAUCCUACACCUAUUCCAAUCCUGCCAAUAAACCAUAAACGCCCAGACACAGUAGAGAGAAAAAUACUUAGAGAGGAAGAUUAACCAGGAAAAUGUUUGGUUGAAACAGUACACGGCAACUAUUUCAUCUUGCCACGCAAGCGAUCUCCGGAUUGUGUAGAGAGUGUUGUUUUGAGUGUUGUGUGCUGUAGCGUGUUGUUGUGUGCUGUGCGUGCCAUGGCUGAGGGUGAACAGAACACGGAGGUGAAACGGGCACUCCUCACAGGCAUCACUGGCCAGGAUGGCUCGUACCUGGCUGAGCUGCUGCUGGAGAAAGGCUACCAGGUGCACGGCAUCAUCAGGCGAUCCUCCACCUUCAACACUGGAAGGAUUCGUCACCUAUAUGAGGACCCCAAGAUCCACAAGAAUGGGAGGAUGACACUUCACUAUGGUGACUUGACGGACUCGGCCUGCCUGGUCAAGAUCAUCUCAAGGGUGCAGCCUGAUGAGAUCUACAACCUUGGAGCGCAGAGCCACGUCAAGGUUUCAUUCGACUUGGCAGAAUACACUGGCAAUGUGGACGCCAUGGGAACGUUGCGGCUCCUGGAUGCCAUCAGGACUUGCAACUUGGACAAGAAGGUCAAGUUUUACCAAGCCUCCACCUCAGAAAUGUAUGGCAAGGUCCAAGAAAUCCCACAGACAGAAACUACUCCAUUCUACCCAAGAUCUCCUUAUGGGGCUGCCAAACUGUACGCCUACUGGAUUGUCAUUAACUUCCGUGAGUCGUAUGGAAUGUUUGCCUGUAAUGGGAUUCUCUUCAACCACGAGUCUCCAAGGCGAGGAGAAACAUUUGUCACACGCAAGAUUACUCGCUCCGUGGCCAAGAUUCACUUAGGACACCUGGAGAAGUUUGAGCUCGGAAACCUUGACUCAAAGAGGGACUGGGGUCAUGCCAAGGAUUAUGUGAAGGGAAUGUGGAUGAUGAUGCAGCAAGAGGAACCUGAGGACUUUGUCUUGGCCACUGGGGAAGCACAUUCAGUGAGGGAGUUUGUGGAAGCAUCAUUCAAGGAGAUUGGGAGGGAAAUCUAUUGGGAGGGGACCGGUGAGGCUGAGGUGGGCAAGGAGAAGGGCAGUGACAUUAUCCGAGUCACCAUCAACCCCAAGUACUACCGUCCAGCGGAAGUGGACUUCCUCCAAGGGGACUCCACAAAGGCACGGCAGAAGCUGGGAUGGAAGCCAAGUUAUGACUUUCAGGCACUGGUGACAGACAUGAUCCAGGCAGACAUUGAGCUCAUGAGGAAGGACCCCACAGCUUAAAUCACCUGUCACUCCCUCAGCUGAUUGGAUUUUGCCAUCGCAGAUAAACUCAAGCGAGUCAUAAUAUGUGCGUCUUAUUGAUAAUUUGUUGAUUUAUUUUUUUACUUGUGAUAUUAAAAUUUAAAUGUGAGUCAGUGAGUGAGUAGGAGUGUGCUUGCUCUAUGACGAAUAGGUUGUAAAUGGAGUGUGCUGAGCUUAACUGGUAACAGAACUGUCUGAAAGUAAUAAAUGGGUUGUAGGGGUUGAUGUGAGAGGAUUGCUGAAGUAUUGUUGAGGUGGCAGCAGGUACACAAAAGUAAUAGGAAGAACCUGUGUCAACCCUUCCGAUGGGGAAGGUGUUGCACUGGCUGGCCGAGGCAAGACUCUCCAUGAACCACCAAUCACUCUUGUGUUGUGAACUUUUACAGUAUUCUCUGAUAGUUCCUUAUACUGAUCACCAUGAACUCCAUGCAGAGUUUAUAAUGUGCAAUAUGAAAUUCCUAAGAGACACUUGUAGAAGGUGAGUGGUUCUUUGGAUCAGUGUCCAAAAGAUCAGUGCCAACUUGUGUGAGCAAAGCACUUGUCUAUAUAGUAAUAUUGGUUGUAUGACCAUACCGUGUCAUACAGUGAAGGGAAGAAGUUAACUUUAAAUGAAGCCAAAGGCUUGCAUUUGUAUUUUUAAGCAUUUUUAUAUUCCUACAUCUCAUAUAAUGAGACGAGGCUUGUCUGGGAAAAACCUUGAGUAGAGUCUUGGCCUGGUAUGCAGGUAGAUAGAUAGUAAUGCUUUAUCUCUAUGACACGAUCAUUCACGGGCAGUGUUGUGGUUACUGGACUCACUGCUGCUGACAAGGAUCUUUAGAAAGGGUGUCAGUACCACACCCAUGGUGCUCUAUACUCCAAAAAAUUACUCAGAACAAUGUCAAAUCUUUCUUUGUAAUCCCAGUAAUGACAACUGGUAUGGACUUGACAGUCACAGUCAAAAGUAGUGUUCAUACAAUAUGAUAUGGAUUCCCAUAGUCUGCACCAUAAUCUUCAUAUUAAAAAAAGAAUUUCAGUGAAUUAUGCCUGGAAUGAUUCAAUAACUUUGUAUUGGUGGCUGUCACAUGGAAUUCUGUAGACCACCUACUGCCUGGUCUCUCUUUUUCUCUCUUAAGGUAUAGUUGUGGUAAAAAAAAAGAGUGACCUGCAUUCAUUUCCACAGUGCUUACCAUUCUCCCUCAAUACUAAGUCUUCUCAUCUGACAGUCUCCUUACAAAAACUGGCAUGUGAUAGAUUCCUGGCAGACCAGUGGAUUGAGACUGAGGGGAGAUGCAAGACACAUGGAAGUGAGUGUGACAAGCUACUUCUGACCAGCUUUCCUUGAGGCAGCUCCUUAGUCAGGGUCCACCACCUCACACUGCCAGAGAAACAUGAGCAUCUGAGUGAAUGUUCCCCGGGUUGCUUUGGGUGGCAGGCAUAUUGUGUGAGUGGAACCAUGAGUACAUCACAUUACAGUCAUGAUGGAUAAGAUUUCAUGCACCUCAUAACCAUUCCAAACUGGGCAUUUUGACUUCUUGUUACUACAUUAAAUUGGUUGUUUACA